AACAGACGCACCUUUGGUUGAUAGGCUAAUCGCGGCGCAGACAGGAUAGAAAAAAGAAACCGCAGCGCCAUGCUCUUCACUAGACGCUAUAAAAGCUAUAAGCACUCUCCAAGCUAAGAGAGAAAGAGAAAAAAAAGAAAGAAGACCCUGCCAUCGCCAAUCUUGAGCACCUCCCUGCUCGUUCAUUCUCGCAGCGACGUCCGAGUAGAGAAGUCUUGCGUACCGUCGUCUCCAACACCGGGCCUCCGCGAUGGCUUUCAUGAUGCCCGUGGUUCGAAAUGAUUAUGACAUCUACAACCGGAGUCGACGCACCUCGCCCGAGCACAGCAACUCCGGCAGCCUCAUGGGGAGCACAAGUCUGUCCACAUCGCCAAAUGUCCGCGGAAGCAGCGAGGACGUCUGCAAGAUGUUCCGCACUCACGAGCAUCUGGACGCCCUCGGUCCGCACCGGCCAAGGUCCGGAUCGCUGACGUCCCUCAAGAAGUUCCACCAUCUGCUAGUGGAUACCCUGAAGCGCGCCGCGCAUCACAGCAACCACGUCAACGUGGAGACGGGGACGUCGCAUUCCGCUUCUGGAUGUGCCACAAGCGGACAGACCAAAGAACAAGCUGACUGCGGUGAAGAACAACAGCACGUGAAAGAAGAACAGCAAAGCAAGUGACGUGUUAGCAGGCUGCAUUGUCUCGUUGUCGUUUCGCAGUCCGCCUUCCCAAAGACGGCGGCGGCCAUGGACAACAACCACUCACUUGGUGACGUGCUCUUUUGGGUGCCCGAAGAAUAGGAUGCUUCCUCACGACCAUGACGUCGACCGGCAAAGAGAAUGAUGACCAUGAAGUCCAGAGGCACCACGGCAUAGUACAGGAGACACUGCAAAAGUAUUAUGAAGAACCCUUUCCAAAGUCUUCGAGCUAUCGCAGAUUCUUCGGACUUUUGCACGUCUCUAUGUGCCAUGCAGAAGGUUUCUAGCGUGCGACUACUUCUGAAACUGUUGAGGAACGCCUGCGCCUGAACUUAUGAAGACGCUGCUGUUCGUUGAGCCGAGAGGAAUGAGCGCUAAGAGGAUUUAUGUUUGCCUUUCGCGAUCACGAUCUGAAUAAACCUCGCUUGACAUCAGUGGACAAGA